AUGACACCUCACAAGGAGGUGGAGGGGUCGGGGGAGGAGACCCUAGAGGAGGAGGGGGUGGGGGGAGAGCGCCUAGAGGAGGAGGAGGUGGGGGGAGAGGUUGACCCCGAGUUGUGGGGUGACUUGCCACUGGGUGCUCCGCAGGGGUGGCUGCGUGGUAAUGCCAGACUACCUACACCACCUUCUAUCGAGGCGCACAAGUGGCUCAUUGAACCUGCGGGGACACAUAACUGGAUCCUUCGCGGAAAGGGCCAUAAACCAAAUGGCCUUAUCACUGUCCUAUUGAAGGAGUUUUGGCCUGGCCUAUUCUGCCCGUGGCCAGACAAGGACCCGCAGCUGCGGGUUUUGGCCACGAGCUGGGCCCACUACGAGGCUUGCAGCAACGCGGAGUACGGGACGGCCGCUAAGGCCGUGAUCACCAAAUUUUGGGAACUCUAUAGAGUUCUUGACGAGCACAAGGCCAGAGCCGAUGUGGUCUUGCUUGCGGCUGUGAAGAAGAAACCUCGUCAGUUGCAGUACGAGGUGCGCUGGGUUGCCGUCUUGCAGUACUACCACUACUACCUGCACCAAAAGAUGACCAAAACUCAAGCACAGAAGCAACGACUUACCUUGAACAAGGAGCAGUUCAUGAUGGUUGUUCCUCGUUGGUGCUAUGGAAGGCAUGAUGGAUGGGCGAGUUUGGUGGAUAGGUGGCUCAACGACGAUGCAGAGUUUGCUGCCCAGAGCAUCAAGGCCCGGGCUAACCGUGGAAAAGACGGGACACACGGCCAAGGAAACAGGAACCACUGGGGCUUCAAGGCCAUGAAGAUAUAUCUAUAUGCAUGAUGCAUUUUUGUUCUUCUUUACCGUCAUGUUCUUAUGUAUGGCUAACUUCCAUUUGACGUUGCAGGAGGACAAGUUGAAGAGGCCGCUCUCAGACAUUGAGUCGUGGAAGCUGCCCGCGAGUGGAGUGAUCCCAAGGACGGCGAGAGCCAGUACUACGGCAAGACCGAGGAGCACCUGGAGUCUUACACUCAGAACUAUCAGAAGUUGCAUCCGGAUGUUCCUGUUCCUGAGGUCGCCCAGUCUCAGAUCGACGACACGGCGGUGGUGGCCAUCCAGGGGAAGUCACAUGGCCGUUAUCCGUGUUUCGAUGGCUUGAUCACUCCUUCGAUCUCGUACACACGGCUUCGGGCUACCAACCCGAGCCAGCUAGAGAGUAUGGGGCGUUCACAGACUCCCUUAGCGCGCCAGCAUGUUGAAUAUAAGGCCUUUGUCGAGCAUAGGAAUCUCGAGGUGCGAGAGUACUUGCAACGAGUGAAGGCAAACGAUGAUUACAACCGUCAGAUGAUGGCGGCUAUGUUGGCGUCUUGGAGUAACCGCACGGAUCCACCACAAAUGGGACCCCCACCACCACCUGCGGGAGAACCCCCACACGUGCCCACGUUCGAUGAAUGGGUGGCACUAGGCAGUGAUAGUCCGGGGACCGGUGGCUUGACUCCUGCUCCCUCGACCCCAGUCACUCCGAUCUGGCGGAGUGAUGGUGGUCGCGGUGGCGGUUUUGGCGGAGGUGGUCUUGGCGGUGGUGGUUUUGGCAGAGGUGGUCUUGGUGGUGGUGGUUUUGGCGGGGGUGGUUUUUGCAGAGGUGGUCUUGCUUUAUGUCGAUGAUGAUACCCGUGCAUGUGGCCGUCGUGCCAUACCUUUCAUGUUCCUACUUUUAUGAUGUUCCAUGUCUUGCACUACUUUUAUGUUCAUGAACUUUCACCGGUGAUGAUCUUUAGAUGAUGAACUUGACUAUGUUUAAAUGAUGAUGAUGAACUUCAGUAUGUUUAGAU